GGGAGAGCGGAUAUAGUGAAUGCAGGGUCCGGGGAGAGCGGAUAUAGUGAAUGCAGGGUCCGGGGAGAGCAGAUAUAGUGAAUGCAGGGUCCGGGCAGAGCAGAUAUAGUGAAUGCAGGGUCCGGGGAGAGCAGAUAUAGUGAAUGCAGGGUCCGGGGAGACCGGGAUAGAGUGAAUGCAGGGUCCAGGGAGACCAGAUAUAGUGAAUGCAUGGUCCGGGAGACCAGAUAUAGUGAAUGCAGGGUCCGGGGAGACCGGAUAUAGUGAAUGCAGGGGUCCGGGGAGACCAGAUAUAGUGAAUGCAGGGUCCGGGGAGACCAGAUAUAGUGAAUGCAGGGUCCGGGGAGACCAGAUAUAGUGAAUGCAGGGUCCGGGGAGAGCAGAUAUAGUGAAUGCAGGAUCCAGGGAGACCAGAUAUAGUGAAUGCAGGGUCCGGGGAGA